AUGGCCACUCACGCAAACCCCCUGGCGAUCUCACGCCGUUCGACUUUCAACCACCGCCCCCUUCCAGAAGCGACCACCAACUUCGUACCGUUCUCACUACAACGCCGCUCGACUAACCGCCCCCCUGUCCCCGUCAAGACCAUCCAGUACCGCACCUCCCCCAGAGAGAUGUCGCGGCUUGGCAGCGCUCUCCAAACCUCUGGUCGCAUUCUCAUGGCCAUCCUCUUCUUCGUCUCAGGCCUGGGCAAACUCAUCAAUGUCCGCGCCACCCAAACCUACAUGGAAGCGCACCGCGUGUCCGGCCUCCUCAUCUUUCCGACGGCAGCACUGGAGAUCUCUGCGGCGAUCGUGCUCCUCAUGAAUCGCUACACUCGCUACGUCGCCGCUGUGCUCGCGGCAUGGUGCCUGUUGACCGCGGUGAUCUUCCACACAGAUCUCCAGGACGAGGCAGAGCGCGUUCACUUCAUGAAGAAUCUAGCUAUGACUGGAGGUUUCUUGGUCUUGGCCGAGGCUGCUGUCCUUUGGUCGUGGAAGACGUACAUCGUUGCCACACCGAGAGCCAGAUGCUCAGCAUACCUUCCACAGCAGGACUAG